AUGUGUGAAUACUGCAAUAUAACAGAAAUGCAUCGAGGCAAACAUAAAAACUCCAUUUUACUGCGGUUUACUAUUGAUCGUACACGUAACAUAAUAUUCCCACGAUUAUUAGCUUUUAUUCGUAUGGCGAUAUGUUUUGACAUUACGGUAAUGAGAAAUGAUUACAACUGCACUGAAGACAGAGUCAAAUGUGCUGACGGAUUACAAUGCAUCCUUGAAUACCGGUUUUGUGAUGGAAAUGAAGGUUGUAUAGCUAGAUCAGAUGAAGAUCCAGAAUUUUGUAGAGCAAGAGAAUGUACAAAUGAUCCAGAUAUACCUAGGACUUUUGUGAAAUGUGAUGAUGGCAUACAAUGUAUUGAUCCAUAUGAUUUAUGUGAUGGAUACGUAUACGCAGACUGCAACGACAAAUCUGACGAGGAUGAAGAUAUGUGUAAAGGUUAUAGCUGUCUUGAUAUCCAACAAAAGUGUUCUGAUGGAGUGCAAUGUAUCUUUGAUAGCAUGAUGUGUAACGGACAUACCGAUUGUAAUGAUGCAUCAGAUGAAGAUCCAGAAUUUUGCAAAGGUAAUACUUUUGAUCUUCAUUGA